UCCAGAAGAAGUCUUCAUCCCAGCCCCCCGGCCUGGAUGGUGGCCCUGGCGGUCCUCCUGCCGGCACUGCUGUUCUUCACCACUGUCGGGGUCAUCGGCCUCUGCUCGAAACCCCACAAGGAGAAAGAAACUCUGUCACUGGGAGAGGAUUAUGAAGAUAAAGAGGAAGACACUGCAAGGAAAGAGCUGGAUCAACUUCAAGAAGAAUUGCGGUGGAGAAGAGGCCUCCUGCACGCUGCUGACGUGCUCCUGGACCCAGACACCGCCCACCCUGAGCUCUUCCUGUCCCAGGACCAGAGGAGGGUGGGGCAGGGCCCCUCCAGGCAGAUCCUGCCUGACAACCCCGAGAGAUUCGACUGCCGGCCAUGCGUCUUGGGUGUGCAGGGUUUCUCCUCGGGGAGACACUACUGGGAGGUGGAGGUAGGAAAUGUGAUGGUGUGGGCCGUGGGGGUCUGUGCAGACCGUGUGCACAGGAAGGGGGAGGCCCUGCUGGUCCCUCAGAAUGGCUUCUGGACCCUGGAGCUGUUUGGAAACCAGUACCGGGUCCUGUCCUCUCCAGAGAAGAUCAUCCCCCUGAAGGAGCGCCUUCGCCGGGUGGUCGUCUUCCUGGACUACGAAUGUGGAGACGUCUCCUUCUACAACAUGAGGGAUCGGUCCCACAUCUACACGUGUCCCCGCGCCCACUUCUCUGGGCCCCUGAGGCCCUUCUUCAGGCUGGGGUCUGAUGACAGCCCCCUCUCCCUCUGCCCAGCAUUCACGGGGGCGGGGGUCACUGUGCCUGAGGGUGGCCUGGUUCUCCAUGGAGCAGGGACCCACCGCAGCCACCAAGGCCAGCGCCCUGGUCUCAGAGCCCAGGAGAGAAGCCCCGGCCGUCUCUGCUCACACAGCACAGCACCCAGAGGACUCGGCCCCUCCCUCUGGGCACACCAGAGAACCUGCCCCACAGGCCCAGGACCCCUCCUCAGUCCCAGCCCAUCCCCCCCUCAGGCUGUUGCUCUAGCAGCUGGGUGA